CCCAUUCAUUAUCAUUCCACCACGUGCAAGCUUGAAGAAGAGCUCUUGAAAAGAAUAAUUCAUUUGUCUUUUGUCUUUACAGGUCAAUCCACAAAGUUAGAGAACUAGUUUAGAAUGUCUACUUCAAACAAGCUCCCGUACAAAGUUGCUAACAUCGAUGAAGCUGAUUUCGGUCGUAAGGAGAUCGUACUAGCAGAGGCAGAAAUGCCAGGCCUGAUAAUGAUGAGGAAGAAGUAUGGCCCUUCCAAACCAUUGAAAGGUGCUAGGAUUGCUGGUUGCCUCCAUAUGACCAUACAGACUGCUGUACUCAUUGAGACACUCACUGAACUAGGAGCUGAGGUCCAGUGGAGCUCUUGUAACAUAUUCUCUACACAGAAUCACGCAGCAGCUGCCAUUGCUAAGACUGGCGUUGCCGUGUAUGCUUGGAAAGGAGAGACGGACGAGGAGUACAUAUGGUGUAUAGAGCAGACCCUCUUCUGGCCUGAUGGCGGUCAACUGAACAUGAUACUGGAUGAUGGAGGAGAUCUUACUAAUCUUGUACAUACUAAGUAUCCCCAGUUACUACCAGGUAUUAAAGGGUUAUCGGAAGAGACAACCACUGGUAUUGCUAAUCUUGUCAAAAUGAUGAAGAAAGGUGAAUUGAAGGUGCCAGCCUUCAAUGUCAAUAACUCUGUGACAAAGAGUAAGUUUGAUAAUCUCUAUGGAUGUCGUGAGUCAUUGGUUGAUGGCAUAAAGAGAGCAACAGACAUUAUGCUGGCCGGAAAGGUCUGUGUUGUUGCCGGAUAUGGUGACGUUGGUAAAGGCUGUGCUCAGAGUCUUCGGUCCUUUGGCGCUCGUGUGCUUAUUUGUGAGGUUGAUCCUAUCAUUGCCCUCCAAGCAGCCAUGGAAGGCUAUGAGGUCACAACAAUGGAGGAUGCAGCAACUCGUGCCAGCAUAUUUGUGACUGCCACUGGUUGCAUGAACAUCCUUCGCUCUGAGCACUUCAUGGCGAUGAAGGAUAACUCCAUUCUUGCCAACAUUGGACACUUUGACAUUGAAGUCGAUGUGGCAUGGCUUGAGACUAAUGCCAAGAAAGACACCAUUAAGCCUCAGGUUGAUCGCUACGAGUUGCCUAAUGGUCGUCAUGUUAUUUUGCUUGCCGAGGGUCGUUUGGUUAACCUUGGAUGUGCUAUGGGUCAUCCAAGCUUUGUAAUGAGUAAUUCAUUUACUAAUCAAGUGCUAGCUCAAAUUGAACUCUGGACCAAUACUGACAAGUAUCCUGUUGGUCUUUAUUAUCUUCCAAAGAAGUUGGAUGAAGAAGUUGCUAGUGCCCAUUUAGAGCAUCUGGGAGUUAGGCUGACAACACUCAGUGACCAACAAGCCGAAUAUCUUGGGGUUAGUAAAGAGGGGCCUUUCAAACCUGACUACUAUCGUUAUUGAUUCCUUCCUUUUUGGGAUUGACUGCUAGCUGUUAGUAUUUAUUUAUUAUUAGCUGUUAAUACUAAUAAUUAUUAGUUUGUUGUUAUUAUUAUUAUUCAAUCUGAUUUGUGCUAAUUUUGUGAAAUCAUUGCAUUCUAAUUAA